AAAGAUCGAGGGAGACAUAGGGGGUUUCUUAAAUUAAAUUGAUCACUUGUAUUAAAGAUCUGAGAAUGCCGUGUCACAUGUAUAUUUACCUAACUAAGAUUAAACUUAUUAAUCAUUUUCCAGGGCCUGAACAAGGAUGUAAAGGAAUUCCUGCUCUGGUUAAUGGGCAGAGAACCUCCAACACAGGUCAAAGAAGUAACCUGAACCAUCAGAAUUAAUGUUUUAAUUGCAGAUCAUAACUAUUAUACCAGCACAAUCUACAUCGAUAAACGGUCUGCUCAUGGAUCCUGUUGUUAGACGUAAAAUCCCUGCCUGUGUGCGAUCAUUACUGACGGAUAUUGCACCAAAGGAAGAACAACACUUGAGUGACUGGUCAGAAACAGACCCUGAAACAAUUACCAAAGAUGGGAUGGCACUUCCCAAAAGAGGGACCUCUGAAACUCUCCUGACGCCAGCUGAUGGGACAGAUGGUGCACCCUCUGAUUCAAAUGUAGCAACAUCGCUAAAGCCAUGUGGGCUUUGUUUAUCUAAACCUUCCUGUUACACCUGCCCCAGGUGUAAUAUCCCAUAUUGCGGACUGACUUGUUACCAGAGUCCGGAUCACUCUGGAUGCUCCGAGGAAUUCUACAAAGAGUCUGUGUUUCUGGAGCUGAAAUCUCAAGGAGUUACAGAUGAAGAAGGGAAAAGCAAGAUGCAGGAAAUUCUGUUAAGACUCAGACAAAGUGCACAGAGUGAAGGAGGGAUGGAGAAUUUGUUCAUGAACUUGCAGGAAGAGACUGGAACUAAUGUGACUGGGCAGGACACACAUGCUCUGGAGUUGCUUUCAAGGUUAGCAGAGCUUCAAUCAGCUGGGGAAACGAAAAGCCAAGAGGCACAAGAGAUACUGACAAAACUGCAAGAUAUUGAUGUCACAGAUGGGAGUGAUGAAGGAGUUGAUUUAGCAGAGAAGUUAGCUGGUCUGGAUGUUGACUCUCUCUCAGAGGAGCAGCUCUGGUCUUUGUUGUCUGCCCAGGAGAAGGAGAAAUUUGAAGGGCUGGUAAAAGGAGGAAGUAUUGGAGGGCUGGUCGUCCUGUGGAGCCCCUGGUGGGAGCGGCAUGAGAAAGAGACUAAAGCACUUAUAGUAGAAAUGAAAUCUGAGAAUGAUGGAAAAAUGCUCAGUGUGAAUGAGAAAAAAGAUGGACUAACAAAGACCAGUGUUGAAAAUAUUAAAGAAGGUACAGGCAAAGUGAAAUCUGAAUUAGGAACAAAACAAGAGCUUAUUAAAAAGAAAGAGGCCAGUAAAAAGGAUAGAUCCAAAUCUGAUGUCCCUCCAAUAAGUGCCAAAAUAUCAUCUCUCCACACGUUGUCCUCAAAUCCAUCUCCGUUAGUGCGGUACAACCUGGUCAAUGCUCUUUAUGGAUACACGUUCUCGCUUUGUCUCUUCAAUGGGGACAUCUCAGAACCAGAAAUAGUGUUGGAGUUCUGCCUGGGCGUGCUGGCCAUUUCAGAGGCUCUGGGUGGGGGACGGGUCUUCAGAUCGGUCCCAGAAGCUAUUGAAGCUGGAAUAACAGCCGUUUCUGCAGGAGGAUACUUUGACAGUGAUGACCCUUCAGCUCCACUUAGGGCAGUGGAAGCAGUGGCACAUGUUCUGGCUGGAGAGAGCAGAGAGGACACCAUAGGGUAUUCACUGUCAGCUUUGUCCCAGAUGCGUGCAGCUUUGAAUAAAGCAAAGGCUUCUGUUGCCAAGGAAGACAAGAAGAUGAGGCAGAUGUAUUUUCAAGCCUGGAAGAAGUGUGAGUUUUUCCAGUCUUGGGUUAAAGAGAGCCCUAAAGUGGUGAGGGAUCUGGCAGGAUGGGUUUGGAGGGACUAUGAGAGAAGAGAGGUUGAGAGGAUGCAAUUACAGAGAGAGAAGAAGGGUUUAGAGGAGGGAAUGAAAACAUGUAGAGGAAAAGCAAUGUUGAUAGAAGAGAUUGAGUGAGAUUGUAAUUAUGACAAUAAUACAUGUAUAAAACAUUACUGACAACCUAUAAAAUAAUUGUAAUGA